AUGCUGCCUGCAUCUCCGAGAAUCAGGUGCAAGCUCAUGAACAGUUCUUCCUCCACCAGACUCCGGCGGAGGAGACCACCGAGAAGGAAUCCCAGCCGCAUCCCGCUCCUCGACGAACUGAAAUCGGCGGAGACCACCAGCGCCGCGAUCGAUCGCUUCACCGCGGCUGAACGCCACGAGCAGGAUUAUCCCGCCUGCUCCGCCCUCCUCUACCGUCUCGCUCGCGGCCGCGCCUUCCCGGAGGUCGACGACCUUCUCGGCUUCGUCCGAUCCCGCCGAAUCCGCUGCAGAGACACUUUGUUCAACGCCUUGAUCGCUCACUAUGGUAAGGCCAACCUGCCGGAGAAGGCCAUGGAACUCUUCGACGGUAUCCCUUCCUUCAAUUGCCCCCCGAAUUCUCCAACCCUCCAAUCCUUCAACUUUUUGCUGAAUGCCCUGGUAGAAGCAGACAAACUGCAGCUCGCCGAAGCCCUGUUCAGGCAGUCUGUGGCGGCGGGGGUCCGCCCGAACGCCGUCUCCUACAACAUUCUCAUAAAGGGUAGGUUGCGGAUGGGCGGUUGGACGAGCGCGCAUGAGAUGUUUGAUGAAAUGCUUCAGAGACGAGUUCACCCGUCUGAGAUUACUUACAACAUAUUGAUUGGAUUCUUGAGCAGGCAAGGCAGCUUGGACAGGGCGAUGGCUCUGAAGGAUGAGAUGGUUCGCAGGGGGCUUCGGCCGAAUGCAGUUACAUAUGCUCUGUUGAUGGAAGGGCUGUGUUUGACGGGGAAGUAUGAUUCCGCAAAGAAGAUGAUGUUCGACAUGGAAUACUGGGGAUGCAAGGUGAAGCUGGUGAACUAUGGUGUGCUCAUUACAGACCGUGCCAAGAAAGGGAGCUUUGAUGAGGCGUGGGCGCUGGUCAAUGACCUGAAGAAGAGGAAGUACAGACCCGACGUUGUCAUUUAUGGCAUCUUCAUAAACUAUCUAUGUGCUGAAGGGAGAGUGGAUGAGGCCUACAAGAUGUUCGUCGAUAUGCAGUUGGGAGGCUUGAAACCGAAUGCAGCUCUUUAUCGCAUGAUGAUUGACGGGCUAUGCAGGGCUCAGGAUUUUGAGAGGGGCAUUGGGGUGUUGAACGCAAUGCUGUUGAGCAAGCACUGCCCAAGAGCAGAGACUUUUAGCUGUAUGAUUGUGGGGCUCUGUGGCAAGGGGAAGGUGGCAGAUGCCCACUUCCUUCUGGUCGAAAUGGAAAAGAGAAAGAUAGGCUUGGAUUAUGAUGGGUGGUCAGCUCUGAUCCACGCUAUCUGUGAGGAGCACGGGAAUGGCAUCAAGCUUCUCAUUGAAUUGGUUUUUAAUAUCGCAUCAAGAUGA